UCUGCCUUACUUUCCUCUCUGAUCUUAAACCAGCUGUUUAUACAGAAAAACUUAGGCAUCCAACAGCAUGAAGUGCCUGAACAACCGAGCUGAGAGCCACCUGACUGGACAAGUUGAGUGUGAGUUGGACAGUAAGGGCAUGGGGGCAUGGGUAAACCAGGGCUUCUGCAGCACCACUCCACCCCUGCCCCAAGCUCUAGACACAAUCUACAACCCUCAGCCCCUUUUCCAGGACUCCAUGGACAGCAUGUACCGACUGGACAACCCCAGCCCAUUCCCAAAAGGGUCCCCAUCUACUGACAAAAGCCUGGCGAAGAAACAAAAAGGCUGCUGCUUUUUUGUCAAAGGCUUGUGGGGCACAACAUUGACUGAAAACACCUCAAACAACAGGGAACUGUUUGUCCGAACCACACUACGGGAGUUACUGAUCUAUCUCUUGUUUCUGGUGGAUAUAUGUCUCUUGACAUACGGUAUGACCAGCUCUAGCACGUACUACUACACUAAAGUCAUGACUGACCUGUUUGUGAAUACAGCCAGUGAAAGUGGAGUUAGGUUUCAGUCCAUUAGCACAAUGGCCGACUUCUGGACCUAUACCCAAGGCCCCUUACUUGAUGGUCUCUACUGGAAUAAAUGGUACAACAACCAGUCCAUGGACAGUGGAGACAAGUCCUUUAUCUACUAUGAGAAUAUGCUGCUGGGAGUCCCCAGACUGAGACAGGUCAAGAUUAUGAACAACUCCUGCAAGGUCCACAGCAGCUUCCAGGACGAGAUAAUAGGGUGUUUUGAUGUAUACAAUGAAAAGAAGGAGGAUGACCUUAGAUUUGGUCUCUUCAAUGGCACUGCCUGGACCUAUCAUACGGAAAAAGAAAUAAAAGGUUCCUCUCACUGGGGAUUGCUGACCACAUACAGUGGAGCAGGAUACUAUCAAGACCUGGGUCGGACAAAAGAGGAGAGCACAAUCGUUCUGAGGGAACUGGAAGACAACCUGUGGCUUGACAGAGGAACCAGGGCAGUCUUUGUCGACUUUUCAACUUACAAUGCAAACAUCAACAUGUUCUGUGUCAUCAGGUUGUUGAUUGAGUUCCCAGCAACUGGUGGAGCAAUCCCUUCCUACCAGAUAAGAACAGUAAAACUGAUUCGGUACAUCACCAACUGGGAUUACUUUAUCCUUGGCUGCGAGAUAGUCUUCUGUUUAUUCAUUCUCUACUAUGUUGUUGAGGAGGUUCUUGAGCUACAAAUACACAAGUUUUUUUAUUUCAAAAGCAUUUGGAACAUUCUAGAUAUUGUUGUCAUCAUGCUUGCCAUCGUUGCCAUUGUAUUCAAUAUAUUCCGAACCAUCAAAGUGGACACAUUGCUUGGCAAACUGCUGGAGCAGCCUGAUACCUAUGCUGAUUUUGAAUUUCUUGCCUUCUGGCAGACACAGUACAACAACAUGAAUGCAGUAAACUUGUUCUUUGCAUGGAUCAAGGUUUUCAAAUACAUCAGUUUUAACAAGACCAUGACUCAGCUGUCCUCCACACUGGGUCGAUGUGCCAAAGAUAUCUUGGGCUUUGCCAUCAUGUUCUUCAUUGUAUUCUUCGCCUAUGCGCAACUUGGAUAUCUGCUCUUUGGGACAGAGGUUGAUUCUUUCAGCACCUUCAUCAAGUGCAUCUUUACACAGUUCAGGAUAAUUCUUGGAGACUUUGAUUAUGAUGCUAUCGACCGUGCUAACAGAGUCCUUGGACCAAUCUACUUUGUCACCUAUGUAUUUUUUGUUUUCUUUGUUCUACUGAACAUGUUUCUGGCCAUUAUAAAUGACACUUAUUCUGAGGUUAAGGAGGAGCUUUCAUCCCAAAAAGAUGAGCUACAAAUUACUGACAUCAUCAAGCAGCGUUACAUGAAGACAUUUUCAAAGUUGAAAAUUAAAAAGGAGAAAAUAUCAGAUGUUCAGAAAGCACUACAAUCUGGAUCUGGAGAAAUUGAAUUUGAGGACUUUAGAGAAACUCUUAAAGAGAUGGGACAUGCUGAUCAUGAAAUUUCAGCAGCCUUCUCACGGUUUGACCAUGAUAGCAACCAAAUUCUGGAUGAGGUUGAACAGGAGAGAAUGAAAAUCGAGCUGGAGGAAAAGAGGGAUGCUCUUUGCGCUGAACUCAACAAUCUUGGAAUUAAUUACAGGGAAGAAUUACUUGACAAGCCUUCUGUUACAGCCAAUGAGCAGAAAAACCCAUUGGUUCAUAACUUUGUGAACAAGGAGACGUUUGUGGGACUGGUCCAACAGGUUCUCCACCUUGAGAGCACCUUGGCAGGGAUCACAUCCAGAGUGGAGUUGAUUAUGGAGAAACUGAGAGAGAAACAAGAGAAAGCUGAUGGAAACGGAACAGCAGGGGAACUUCUUGUUACUAAUAAUGUGUGCAAAGUCUUGUUGGGGAGGAAGUUACCUUAGAUCGAAACGUCCUUAUCUGUUUGGAUAGUCUCAUCAAGGAGAGUUUGCAGCAACACCAUAUACAACUGUCAUAUGGGAUUAACCUCUGAGACAGGAGGAUGAACAAGUCACAAAGCAACAAUAUUUAAUGUUUCAGAAAUGUUUUCAGUUAGAUAAACAAUUGACUACUGGCAGAUAUUCAACCCUGUCCAUCUUGAGUAACAGCUCAUCAUUUCAAGGCAAUUUGUAAACUGUAUCAUUUCUUUAAGUCUUUGCUUAGAAAAACUGUACGUAAACUUGUUAUAGUAUUCUCUCAGAUACAUACAAUAAACAUACUUUGUGUUGUAUAAUAUAAAUGUAACUUUAGAUUAGAAAAAAGUUGUGCAAUAUGAGAGAAAUUCACUAUAAGAGACUAUAAGGAAAUAUAUAUAGUACCUAAUAUCUGAAUGUUUGCGAAGGUGGUUGAUGUUUAGCAGUGAUUCAAUUCUUAGUUGCUGAAAGCUCCCAGCUCAUUUGCACAUUAAGGGCAUAAAUCGUUUGCAUAAU